CAAUUCACACGGUCUCACACACUGACACACAGUAGUAUUUGCCGGUUUCUUUCUUCCAUGAUGGCAAACGCUAUUCAAAAGCAAAAACACUUUCUAUCAUUUCCGCACUACGCCGUGGUCGGUGCUUCUACAGACCAGUCAAAGUUUGGUACGAAGGUUCUGCAAUGGUACAUCCAGCGGAACAGGCCAGUAACACCGGUUCACCCAUCGAAAGACGAAUUGGAGGGCAUAAAGACAAUUAGGUCGUUGGCUGACCUUCCGAACCCAACCGAAACGUCAGUGAGUAUCAUAACAUCCGCCAAGAUCACCAUCGAUCUCCUCAAACAAAUCGAGGAGCUUUCAAUUCCCGCUGUCUGGUGCCAGCCGGGAGCAACUGACGCUGCUUGCGUUCAGUACAUCAAAGCCAACGAGAUGUCCGACCGUGUACUUUUCGAGGGAGAGUGUAUACUAAGAGAUGGUGACGGGGUCUUGAGGGCGAUGUUAUGAGAUGGACCGAUCGGUAUUGUCAUCACCAAAUUGUUAUUGCCCUAUAAAUUGCUAUUUCCCGGAUCCUCGCAGAUCCUCGCGUGCUACGCCAUGUUGUCGUCCUCUCGACAAUACAGACAUUGCGAUGAUCGGGAAGUCCGAGCGAUCGCUUCCAUGAUACUGGAGUUACUCCU